UGUAUAUAAUCUAUCAUCAUAUGAUUGUAAUAUAUGUAAUACAUGUAAUACAUCGUUUUCAGCUCUCUUCUGAUACGAAAAGAUCGUUCGCAAAGGAGUAGGGUGACGAUAUGAUUCGCGAGCGUCUAGAGACAAAUAGUUCCGUACUGGAACAGCCAAUAGUGUUUAUGCGAAUAAUACCAUUAGUACGAAAGCUGUCCGUUUCCUACAGACCGUAGCUGACUUGUCAUGUACAGAGGACGUAGCGAUAAACAGCCUACAUAGCAAGCAGAUAGAAUCUUUAUUCUUAUGGACUAUAUUUAGAGAGCACCCUGGCUAAGAAAUUGACGACAUCAAGACAGAUUACAAUUGGAUGACUCGAGAAAUAGUAAUUUUAUCUAAUUAAGUUUUGUGAACAAGAGAAUUGAACCUUACAUUAUAAUGCAAUUACUAUGGACAACUAUAUUUGCACUUUCAGUCUGUGGAAAUGUUAUGUCGAUAUUACAAAAUAAUAACAAUACUGAAUAUAAAACGUCAAAAAAUUCAUCGAUCAAUUAUCCGACAAUGUUAAGAGUAAAGUUAAAGGAAUCCAUUUUAGUCUCUAUAACUGUAACCGGUUUAGCUUUACUGUUAAUCAUUCAUUUAUGGAUCCUUAUGUGUCGGCUUAAUAGGCUUCACCAGUAUUCUAUUGUAAUACGCAUCCGUGCAGCUUCUGGAAUCUUUUGGCAACGUUGUGUCGAUCUUCUUCCUUGUUUCUGUAGACGUCUACAGACGCAGCAGACACCCAGCGAACCUAAUGUAUUACAAAAUUUAAGAGAACCAAAUGAUAGAAAUACUUUUGUAUAAACAUUUUAACUGUUACGUAUGUUAAAUACAGCAUAUAUACAUCGAAAAGAAAAUUUUCGUUUCCGUAGCUAAUCAUGGUUUGCUAAAAAUAUUUUGCUACCUACGUAACAUAUAAAUUUCUAAACCACAGCAAAGGGUUUGCUGUCACACUUAAUACAAUAGGCAUAGUAGCAAAAUACUUAGCUAUCACGACUAAAUAUUGGCUGUCCAUAUGUUACAACUGAAAUUAAGUUGCCACAUGCAGUUUUUAGUUACGGCAGCUACAUUUUUUCUUUCCGUGUACUUUUCAACAAACUAAUUGUGAAAUUAGAGCUCAUGAUUAUAUACAUAAAUUUUGUAAUGCAUGUAUCAUUUAACUAUUUUAUGUAUAACUUAUAUGUCUAAUGUAAUUAAAUCAAUAUACUUUGACUACAAUACAGUAUAAUAC